UGUCACAAAUGUCAUGCAAUAAAUUUUCAAACGCAAAUACACACCCAAAACCAAUUUUUACUGAAUACAAUAAUAAAUAGGUAGUGAUCUAUGUACCAAUAGCGAAAGCUAUGUAAGCCAAAAAUAGAAUACAAAAAUGAGUGCGAUAUUAAAAUUUAUCCGUGAAAACCACAUACUGGCGAUCAUUGAACAAGCGAUCGCGAAAAAGAAGUCCCGGUUGAGUUUGAAUUCGUUCGAAAUCAGGGAAAUACCUCCGCUAUUAUACACCUGUUUGGACGUUGAACAUCUUUACUUACAUGUAAAUAACAUUGCGAGUAUGCCAGUGCAGUUAACGCAGCUAACAAACCUAACAACAUUGACCCUGGACUACAACAAUAUUAAUUAUUUGCCCCCGGAAAUCGGGAAUUUGAAAAAUCUCAUCAAUUUGAACAUAAGCUACAACCCAUUGCAUGCUUUGACGCCAGCGAUCGGGAAUUUAGAGAACUUGGAAGCUUUGUGGUGCAACAGGAUAGGGUUAAAGGAGAUCCCCAAGGAAAUUGGGAAGUUAUCGAAGUUAGACACAUUCGGGGCGCGAGGAAAUGAACUCAAAGCGAUUCCGGUGGAAAUGACUAGGCUUACUAAAUUGAGGUGGUUGACCUUAGAAUACAACCACAUAGAAUAUCUGCCCAAAAACAUGGACAAGAUGGAGUCUCUGGUGCACUGCAACAUCCGACAGAAUUGUCUCAAGGAGUUUCCCGCCUCGCUGCUCAAAUGUCUCGACCUGAUGUUCCUACAGCUCAACCACAACCAAAUACGCCGUCUGCCAGAUGACUUUCAAUCGGCGUGCCCCCCCGCUCUAGAGAUGAUUGACCUGAGGCACAACCCUAUCUGUGACCUCCCGCACGAGCAACACAAUCUCAUACGCUACACAGAGGCGCUCCCCACCGCGGCGGCACCGGAGUUGGCAUCCGCAUCCGCCUCGUCGAACGCGUGGCCGCACGCCGCCACCGCGCUCGCCGUCAACGCGACCGCGCUGCGCCUGCCCGCAGUACCGGCCGGCGCGACGGCGCUGCGUCUGCCCGUAGUACCAGCGCCGCGCCACGCCGACCCGCUGGGUCGUGACGUAUUAGAGGUGGAGGGAGACGAGUCGUCGGUGGAGGACUCGGAGGACUGGGAGAACAGCGUGAACAGCUCCGAGCUGGAUGUGCAGUACCAGAGCGACGACGAGCGCGCCGACAACGAGGCCAUCGGCAUGGUGUUGCCAGAAUUGUCUCGCUAUGCGUCCACUGCGAGCUAAAUUGCCACCAUCAGCUACCAAUGCAUGAUCGGAAACUUCUUUAUAUCUACUGGUAUCAUUGAUCAGCUGUCAAAUUACUAUUUAAAUGGAAAACUACCAAAGCAAGUUUAAUUAUCAUCAUUGGCAACACUGAUCAAGUUUUAACCUUCAAGUUGUCUUGUUUCUUUUUAGAAAGACAAAAUAAUAAUCACAAAUGUUAGUAAUUAGUGAAGAAAUUUUAAUGUGAAAUUUAAAUAUGAAAUAUGCAUGUAUUUUUUAUAUUUUUAAUGGAUUUUUGACAUUGCCAAACAAACCAUAAAAGGUUAGGAACAACUUUUAAUAACCUCAUUAUUGAUACUAGUUGGAAGGAGGGUAAAGUUGUUACUAACCAGAUGUUUUUUUUUUACUGUUGAUUAAUUAAUAGUUAUACAAUUUACCAGUCACAAUGUCGUACAAAUUGUGUGGUACAUAAUCUCGUUCAGACGCUCAAAAAUUUUCAUUUCCUGGUAACUCAGUUAGCUACCAGAAUCAAGAAUUUUCGUAAACAAAAUAGUUCAUCGUCUCAUCGAGAUGAAGCUACUCACAAAAAAUUAACUUGAUAGUAAUCAGUUGUACAAAAUGUUCUACGGAUCCCUGACUAUAUCUAUUAUCUAGCAUUUCGGAUAACGUGCAUAUUUCAUAUCAAUACCACAUUCACUCAGUGGCGUGCAUAAGGUUGUCGAUCAGGGUAUGCACUAGUAAUAAAAUGAAGCAAAUCUGUAUUUAAUAUGCACUAAGAAGACAACUCUUAGGGUAUGCAGUACUUUAAUGCAUGUAUGAAGUGCACGCCACUAUUCACUAUGAAUCUAAUAACUUUUGUUUUAUUACUUACAACUUGUUAAAAAAAACUACAAAUUAUUACUUAUAUACUAAUUACUGGUAAUAGUAAAUAUUUGUCAGAAAAAGCGGAAAAAAGACCAACAUUCGGUGGUAAUGUUUAAAUUUAAAAAAAAAAAUUAUAUUAAGCUAAUUAUAAAUCUAUUUUUUUUUUCUAAGAUUAUUAUUUUAUAUUGUGAUACUUUUAUUUAGUGAAAUCAAAAAUUAUGUGAUAUAUAUAUAUUUUUUUUUUCUAAAAUAUUUUUUUGUAACUGUAUUAAAUAUGACAAUAAUUUUGAUUAUUUUUUUAGUUUUAGGUGUUGCACAAAAUAUGUGUGAAUUUAUUACAUUUUUCACUUUAAAGAUUUUUGGUUUUUAGAUAUAAAAUGAGUAGGUAAAUAUUGUCUAUUUAACAAAUUUUACAAAAUAUAUUAUUGGCACUAAAAUAAAAAAAAUAUAUAAAUAAUUUCACGAAUGAAUCUUGUAGUUGGGUUUCCACGUUAUCGCUAACCUGAGCGUACUUUUUAUUUAUUAAUCUACAUAGUGGUACUGCGAACAAUAUCAUGAUUAAGGAUGGAUCUGCGAACGAAAUAAUCAUAGUUUACUUAAUUUUUGUAGUUACUCAGAGGUAAAAUUAUCCGCCAUCUUUUAUAUGACGAGAGUAUAUUAAAGUGGGCGGAUAAUUGUGCCUCUGAGUAUAUAAUCCCUUCACCAUAAUUAAAAAAUGCCGACUCUCGCCUUCUUUGUAAAAUAAAUAUAUCUUUUUUGCUAAGCUAAUUUAUAAAAUAAAUAUAUCUUAGGUUCAGGUUCGCAAACAUUGUUACCCAGCCUUAUUUGAUCACUGACCACUAUUAAGAUAGUUGAGUGAACUAAAUUUAUUAUAAUAAAUAAAUAUCAUAAUGGUUAUGUUCCACUAAGCGAUCACAACGAUCACGCUCACAACCAAAGUUUUUCCAAAGUGGAAUGGAGCGUUGAUGUAAAAUAAAACCAAAAAAUAUGCAAAACAUUACAAAAAAUAAUAUUUUAUUGUUAUUGUGUAAUUUUUAAUUUACCACUAAAAUUAUUUGAAUAGUUCAACAUUUCUGGACUGAUUAUUUUUUACAUUUAUUCAUUAUUUUUUUCGUAUUACAUUAAAAAUCUAUACAACAAAAUAUAACAAUAAUAAUUUUCGUUGUCUCCAUAUACUUAAUGAUAGUUUCUUACUUCUAAUUUCCAAAAUUGCUCUGAUAUACAGAUCAUCAACCGAUUAGUGAAUAACAAUAUCAUGAUAACCCACCUCUUCGGACGGACCAGUGAAAUUAAUGACGUCAUUAGUGACGUUUUCGUCGCGACCACAACAACCAUGGUCGUCAUAUGAUCGCUUAGUAGAACGUAGCCCUUAAAUUAUUUCUCAGUGGCGUGCUCAAGGUUUGGAACAGGGUAAGCAAUAUACGUACAAAUUGUACAAAAUGAAAAAUUACAUCUCCAAUGCAGGUUCGUACUGAAUUCUCGAAGUAGGUGGUGCAUUUUUGCAUCUAUGAAUGGUAUGCCACUGAUGAUUCUAUAUAAUUAUUAUAUUAGUAAUAACUUAAAAAUGAAUAUUAACAAUUGAUAAUGACUGUCCCUUGACAAAUUUUCGAAAUCUUGUUCACUGCCAAAAUAAAUUUAAAAAAUUAGUAAAAUAAUAUUCCUAUCAUUCAAAAAAUUAAUAAAUUUAAUAUGUAGUAACAAAUAUGCCAAACUGAAGGUUUUGUAGGAUUUAGUGGGAAAAUUCCCAUCUUUUAUUAUUAGACUAUUGUCUCAACUAUACUAUACUUAAUUGGAGAAAUAUUAGUCGUGUUAAACAGGGUUGAUGUUUUCUCUUUUCAAAAAAAAAUCGAAAAAAAUAAUGUAUGACAGAUACCAUUUAUAUUUAAAUGUGUCUGGUUUUGUAAAAAUUACAGUAAUCUCUUUAAUUAGUAUAUUUUCAUAAUACCUCAUUGGUUCAUGUAGCGGAGUUCGGAUCACGAGGACUUCGGUUCGAAUCCUGGGUCGGUAAAAAAAAUAAUUUUUCCUUCAAAAAAAUAUAAGUAAAAUUUCUCAGUUCAAAUUUCAAAGUUGGGAAGUUGCUAGUACCCCCAUGCCUCGCAGAGCAUGUUAAGUAUAUGCGUAAGGUUUUUGUUUUUAUUUUAAACUAGCUGAAGCUGUGCGGUUGCCCCGCGUAGUUCCUGUUCCCGUAGGAAUACGGCGAUAAUAUAUAGCCUAUAGCCUUCAUCGAAAAAUCUAACACUGAAACAAUUUUUCAAAUCGGACCAGUAAUUUCUGAGAUUAGCGCGUUCAACCAGACAAACAAACUCUUCAGCUUUAUAAUAUUAGUAUAGAUAUACAAGUAUAAUCCAAAUAUUAUUAUUUAUUAAUAUUGGAUCAAAUAAGCCAAGUUCUAUCGAAGCUCCAUAAGCCACCACUCCGUCCUUAGGGUCCUUCCACUCCUUCUGACCUUCGGGUUAUAGCACAUUAAAACUAACAAGCACCGGAUCAGAGCCUCGCUUCGUGCAGUUUUUUUUUUUUAAAAGAACAUGCCAUAACUUUUAAAUAUGAUCAAUAUUCCCAUUCCCCUCCAACUAGUCGGAAAAGACUGUGUUAGGAGUGGGUACGACAACAGUCCAACAGGGCGGGGAACCACCACCUCGGUGAUGAGUCUGACCGCUUUUACCGUUGAGCUAUUGAGGCUUUAUAUGAACCACUUUGGACAACGACAUACACUCCGCAAAACGACGGCACUCUAGCGCUGAUCGUUAUUGCACAGAAGUCAUUAGUGAGGUUUAUGUGUAUAUAGGGGUAAGGCUCCGUGCCCACCCUAGUAUGGACCUGUGCCUACCUUAGAAUUCUGGGCUACCGAUAUGGAAUUCUAUUAUGAUACUAAUAAUAGACUUGAUGUAGGGGGGCCAGGCCCACCCUAGGAAAUAAUCCUAGAUCUACUCACAUUACGUCUAUGCUGUAGCGUAACCGGAUCGCAUCACGAGGCAGCUAGAAUAUCGGGUCAUCGGGUGCUCUAAUGAGAUAUGACCCUAAAGUAUAAUGUUCUAUGAAUAACCUUCAACGUCUCUGUCCAAUCUCAAAUACAUAUUACUACAUACAUACUUUAGUUUCAAUGAGUCAUCAUACAUCAAUAAUGAAACUCUUUAGUUCAGUCGCUGUCAAACUUUUUCAGGGGCUCAACAAUCAAAAAAAAAUUUAAAAUUUAACUUCUCGCACAUUCUGUUUUUAAUAAUUAUGUAGCGUUUACAUAUACAAUCUCUAUAUAGUUAAGGUUACCAUGUUAUUAACGUUGGUUGGAAUAUUCAUACAAAGACUUGCUCGAUUUGACUGAGGACUGAGGUGACUUUUAUAAAGGAGCUUUGUCGGUUUAAAAUAAAUUAUACGAAAGUUUAUAUUAUACCAUGGUUCAAAUAACAAUGUAAGGGUGCUUUUCCACCAGAGAUGUGUUACGCUACGUUGCUAUGGAUGCGUUUGAUAUCCACCAUUGGAGCACAUAGCUUAGCAUUGGUGGAAACGAAUUCAACUAAGAUAUGUUUUUCAUAUUGAAGGGUGCGUGCUAACAAUACAUAGCAUGCUCGUAGCUCGAGCUUCGUAUCAUCCUCGCAUAACUUAAAUAGCUUAGUAUUGAUGGAAACGGUCACAUAUCUUUGCAGCAAAGGUAGCACAUCUCGGGUGGAAAAGCCCUAAAGCUGAGCGUCCACAAUAUUCGUAUUGCGUACCUAUUUUCGCGCAUAUAUAUAUAAAAACUUGGCGUUUUAACAACCAGUUACAGUUAUGGAUAUUGAUGGACAUUCAGCUUAAUAAUUUAUGAAUAUAAUACAUAUUAGAUAUACGUAUCUACGGUUGUACUGUAUUGCUCAGCGUACUAUUAAUAGUGUAAACGGGUCUUCAGGAAACAUAUUGAUAUGACAUAUUCAAAAUAAAACUAACUAUUGAAAA